AUGUUCGUCUCUUUUUUUUUGCAGCAAGUUAACCCCGAGCUGGUUUUUCUCACCCGUGUUCCGCGAGGCUUGUCGAAUGGAUCCGUGGUGCAUUUGGAAGGUUCAUACGAUGACUGGCAAUUAUCGGAUGAAUAUAGAGUUGCCCUGACUUGCGAUCCCGAGGGCAACCCCACACAUCACAAUCCCGGAGAAGUAGCCAUUCAAUGCACCAUUUCUUUCUCCUUCCGCACCAUUUCCUGCAAGAGCUUCAUCCAAGGGGAAUGGAGUGUCAAGGAAUCGGGCAUCGGGUUCCCACUCGCCCCGCGGGAAAGGUUCCUUCUCACCUUCGAAUGUCUUCUGUAUGCUUUCAAGUUGAAAGUGAACGGAGUGGAUGUCGGAGUGUUCGCUUACCGACUUCCAGUGGAGAAGAUCAGGAACUUGCUGGUAACCGGUCGUGGUGCUCAUGUUCUUCAAGUGGCCAUCGAAAACGUUGCUCUUCAUCACACUCCAGAACGAGUCCCAGUCCCGUUUUCCUUCCACAACUCUGUUGGGAUCCAGCAAGGAAUGGCAUCAAGCUCACGGAAUGACGGCUUCACGGCGUAUCACAGUCAACUAUUGCCUCAAGCUCAGUUUCAUGAUCAGAAUGCUCUGGGUUCCCUGGUACACGCCAUGAUCCCAUUGAUAGCCAACAUCAUGCAACCCGCUGCACCCGGCAAUCCUCCAUAUCCGUCCAACAAUACCUUCAAUCAUCAGCAGCCGCGCGAACCCAGUCAACCCACAUCGAACUCACCUUUCAACGUGGGCUUCAACGGCUGGCAACCCAGCAACAGCCAAAUGCCCCCAGCAGCAGACGAGCCCUCGGAUGGAAUGAAAACCCCCGAGCAUCUCGUGAGUCACAACCCCAGAAAACAACCUCACAUGGGCCACAUGGGCUACGGAGCUUCCUUGCCACCGUCUUCCGUGUUCUUGAGUGAAGUGACGACGGCUUCUCAGCAGGACAAAAAAGAGCUGAAAGAUACGGAACGGACUGAAGUUACUCGAGGAAAUGCCGCCGCCGAAUGGGAGCCGCCGCCAUUCGUCAAUUACUUCCUCGGGCCGAGUGACUCUUCACCGGAUUCAUCUGACAGUCGGGAACGCGACGCCAAGGGCCCAGUGACAACGUCGGAACUGCGCUCCAUCAUUGCUGAAAUGGAGAAGGAAGUCGGGGAGAAAUCCAACACCAACACAACCUCGAGUCCGGACCGAAGAACCCCCAGGAUCAGAGUGAGCGAUUCCUUGUUGGAAGACAUGAGCAAGAACAGCGAGGAGGAGAAAAACGUCACCCGCUAUGUGGAACAGGCUGCAUUGGACGAAUCCAGCCCGAGUCAAAAACAUACGAGAGAUAAAUAAAUUUCUUUUAAGAACGAAUUGAAUAAAUCGCAGCCUCAUUCUCAACGCAUGAAACA